UUCACACAGCCUAAACCAUUUGCAAACCACAGUUUCAUCUACGUCAAUCGGUAACAUUUUAAAAACCACACAAAAAGGAAAGGAAAUUUUUAGUUCAGCAGGCAACCCUGCAAAAUGGGCCUGUUGUCGCUGUGGCUAACUAAACAGUUCAUGAUUCUCUGAAGACCCAGAUCCAGGCCUGCUCCGGCCAAAGAAGACAGCACCAGAGCCGUGGGUUUUUACUUUUUUAAUUAUUGAAUUCAAGCUUCUCCCUGAAGAUGACAAAUAGUUCACUAUUCUGUCCCGUAUACAGAGAUCUGGAACCAUUUACAUAUUUUUUUUACUUAGUUUUCCUUGUUGGAAUCAUUGGAAGCUGUUUUGCAACGUGGGCUUUCAUACAGAAAACCACAAAUCACAGGUGCGUGAGCAUAUACUUAAUUAAUUUGCUCACAGCUGACUUCCUGCUCACUCUGGCAUUACCAGUAAAAAUUGUUGUUGACUUGGGUGUGGCACCCUGGAAGCUAAGGAUAUUCCACUGCCAAGUGACGGCCUGCCUCAUCUACAUCAAUAUGUACCUAUCUAUUAUCUUCUUAGCCUUUGUCAGCAUUGAUAGAUGCCUUCAGUUAACACACAGCUGCAAAAUAUACCGCAUACAAGAACCUGGAUUUGCAAAGAUGAUAUCGACGGUCGUGUGGCUCAUGGUCCUUCUUAUAAUGGUACCCAACAUGGUGAUUCCCAUCAGGGACAUCAAAGAAAAGUCAAACGUAGGCUGCAUGGAAUUUAAAAAGGAGUUUGGAAGAAACUGGCAUUUGUUAACAAAUUUCAUAUGUGUGGCAAUAUUUUUGAAUUUCUCAGCCAUCAUCCUGAUAUCCAACUUCCUUGUAAUUAGGCAACUAUGUAGAAACAGAGACGAUGCAAACUAUCCAAACAUGAAAACAGCUCUAAUCAACAUCCUCUUGGUGACAGCCGGUUACAUCAUAUGCUUUGUUCCCUACCACGCUGUCAGGAUCCCAUACACCCUCAGCCAGACUGAGGUCAUAUCUGAUUGCUCAACUAGGAUCUCCCUUUUCAAAGCCAAAGAGGCCACGCUGCUCCUGGCUGUGUCCAAUCUGUGUUUUGAUCCUAUCCUGUACUAUCAUCUCUCCAAAGCAUUUCGUCUGAAAGUCACUGAGACUUUUGCUUCACCUAAAAAGACUAAGGCUCAGGAAGAAAAAUCAAGAUGUGACAAUGAUGUAUAAGAUAAGGGGGUUCUGACUGAACUGCAAAGUUGGUCUCAGUUUUCAAAGACAAAAGAAGAUAAUUAGCAAUAAAAGUUGCUGAUCGCUAGCAAACACAGACUAAUCCCUGUGGGAGGUCCUUUUCUCAAUACAAGCCAACCCUGUACUCACACAUUUAGUGAUAUUCUUUGGCACAACUAUUUGUACAGGAAAAUUAACAGAGCAUCUUGAACCAGGAUCAACCUGGGUAACCAAAGUGAGGAGAGCCAAGGCAAAGACUCAGAGGCUCAUCUCAAUGGUUGCAACUGACUUCUUGAUGAAAAUAUGCCACAUAAUCUGCACCUACAUUUCCAGAAAGUCCUUCAGCAACACAUUAAAGGUCUUCAGCAACCUAAACAAUAAAGACCUCAAAAUA